AUUGCAGGUUUCACCACAAUGCAUCGUAACCUGAUCGUCCUGGCUCUCAGUGCCACAGCUCUCUACCUGGUAUGCGGGAAGUCGCUUCACAGGUCGAAGCGAUGGGAAGAGUUUCCGGACGUCGAAUUCCACUUCGACUGCAGUGACAAGCCGAUCGGAUUCUACGCCGACAUGGAGUUCGACUGCAAGAUCUUCCACAUGUGCGACGCCUACGGCCGCCGUGUGCCGCACAUCUGCGCCAACGACACGGCCUUCAACCAGCGGUACCGGGUCUGCGACUGGGAGUACAACGUCAACUGCGCGGACUCUCCCAACUACUACUACCUCAACGACCUGACCUACGAGACGGAGCCGCCGACCAAUGCCAAGGCCUAGUCCGCCAGAUAACUAGAUUCGACUCUGCGCACGGUUCAACGCUCGCCCUUUUACACUGCCACCCCUCCAUCCCCUCCCCCCUCGGAUAGAUCCACAUUCCUCCCAGACCUUUCUCACACACCCGUUAACCUUCUAACGAGCCCGCCCCAUCCCAACUCAUUUUACCGAAACAACACGUUCCCCCCCAAAUGACACCCAGUACCUCCCCACCUCCAUUAUUCCCCAGUUAGCAUGGAGUUCUGCACAAAUCGGUCGUAGGCGGAUAUCUCAGCAUUGGGUAGCAUCCAAAGAUCACGGAUGACUGGUUGCUUUGCAGCAGAAUUCAAAACUAAAAGCUGUCCUGGCAGACUCGUUCAGAAAUUGGCGAUGCUUGACAGAGUCAGUUGCAAGGCAGAAUCCAGAGCGCAGCCGCAAGAAAGGUUGCCGAUGGUCAGAGGUCACUCCUUGCCCAGGAAGUUUACACAGUCGUGUCACCGCGACUCAUCAAGCAAGCGAACUCUGGCUGUGCGCUCAAAGCGUCUGCCGUGCUCGAUUGCUUCGUCACGGGAAGGCAAUAAGCGUUAACGACAGUUUUAAGCGUAGAUUAACAUCGCAAUAAGUUAGAAUUGCAGUAAGGUGUACAAUAAGCUUUUCUCGAGAAGCACUGAACGUACCGCGCAUUUGCAUGUAAGAACGUCACGACGACCUUCCAGCUUGCUUUCAGAAGACGUGGCACUGAUCCCUUUCUUACGGCCAACGUUGUAAGUGUUAGACAACGACAACCAACGUCGCAGCUGUCGAGGCUGCGGUGACGCGAUGACAUCCCGUCGUCGUAUGACGUGAGUCUAGGUCAGCGAUAAUGGACCUACCCGCCUGUACCGGCCAACGGGAAACGCGCUUCCGAAGCAAACUCAUUUCCGGUAAAUGUCAGUCAGGCCUAAUUGCACGACUCGCGCAUCGCCGGCCUUCUGCCAGGACUAUCUUCGAUCCAAGAGCUGUGUGGUGGGCACGCCGGGAUCUCGCGAACAAUCAGUGGCUGCGUUGUUGUUACUGCUGCUCGGUGGCACGCAAAUGAGAACCCUGUCCCUCAAGUUAUCGUCAAUGUGCCCAGCAAGUUUAUUGCGUAACGUGGGGGGGACGCGCUGUCUUGGCGUCUCGCGUCGUAGCUGCGUCCGCUGGCCUAGACCGUUAAGAAGAGCGCACUCUGUCGUUACGCGGAACUCGCCGCAUGGGGCACUGCAGUCGUAUAAGCACUUGCAAUUAGGCGUCCCAUCUGUUAGCUUAGGAGUGAACAGGCAGAGAUACCAGAUGUUUGAUCGUUGCUACGGCAACAUUCAAGCAAAACGGAAGCUUUGUAAGGAACGAGUGCUAUUCGGUUGGUCAUUGGGUAUGUAGAAGAUCUGACAAUAACAUGUAGGAGAGCGUACAGGUGAUUCUUUUAUUAUUACUGGCUUUUUAAAUUUGAUUGAAUGGUGCUAGGUGUUCCCAAAUGAACCUUAUCACGACAUAAUGUUUACCCUUGCUCCCCAGCUUCCCCCAGCCUCCCCCCCUCCCAUUCUCCAGUGCAUUUUUUGUUAGUUCGUGCGAAAAAAAAAAUUUACAGGGCCACGAGUUGUUGUUUUGAAAAAAAAAAUAGCCCUCACGAUUUACGUGCAGUAAUUAUGUCGUUUGAAAAAAGUAAACUGACGCUUGCGGUGCUGUGUCUAGGCCAUAAAAAUAGCCUUUAAAAAAUCCGGAAGAAAUAGGUAAUUAAGGAUUGCGUUUUUAAGUGUGCCUUUCAUCUCAAUCAAUGAAGCGUUUUUGUUUGGCAUAGUUUAUCAUGUACACACACACAAACACGCUCUAUGCUCCACACACACAUGUAAACUUUUAAGUUAUAUGCUUUUACCUCUGACGAAAAAAAAAAUACAUAGCGGUUAGUAUCACCAUCAGUAAAUGCGGGAAAAUGACGGUCGUAACUCAUGACGGUGUACAUAAGUGAUUCUGUGUGCCCAACACAUGCAAUGUUUACAUUGUCGCGUACUGUGUUAGACAAAGCAUCAGCCCGAGGAAGCUCAAAAACAAAACAUACGUUUGUGUAGUUUCGUGUUCCACAAAAAAAUAUGACAAAAUAAGAUGUCCAUUGUGUGUGUUUUAUGUAAUGUACAUAAGACAAUAAACCAAAUGUUAUUUGUACAA